GGAGUAAAGGUCGCGCCGGCCGAGGGCGAGCCGGCCGCGGCGCCUCCAGGAAGCCGGCGGGGCAGGUCGAGGGGAAAGAGACAGGGAAACUCUCGGCCGGCCCGGGAAGAUGGCGCCAGGCGGGCCGACCGUGAACUGAGAGCCAGCGGGCGGAGAGGAGUCGGGACCUGCCGCCCGGCGGGGCACGAGCGGGGGCCACACGCCAGGCGCGGUGCCCGGGCUCGGGCCGGCCCGCGGGGUCAUGUCGGUCAGCGAGCUCUACGGCCAGUACACGAGGGUCUGGAUCCCUGACCCUGAUGAAGUGUGGCGCUCAGCUGAGUUAACCAAGGACUACAAGGAGGGAGACACGAGCCUCCAGCUCAGACUGGAAGAUGAAACGAUUCGGGAAUACCCUAUUGAUGUCCAAAGCAACCAGCUGCCCUUUUUGCGGAAUCCAGACAUCUUGGUGGGAGAAAAUGACCUAACUGCCCUUAGCUAUCUACAUGAGCCUGCAGUUUUGCAUAAUUUAAAGGUCCGUUUCCUGGAGUCGAACCACAUCUACACUUACUGUGGUAUCGUGCUUGUUGCCAUUAAUCCUUAUGAACAGUUGCCAAUCUAUGGUCAAGAUGUCAUCUAUGCCUACAGUGGCCAAAACAUGGGGGACAUGGACCCCCACAUCUUUGCUGUGGCAGAAGAAGCCUACAAGCAGAUGGCCAGAGAUGAGAAGAACCAGUCCAUCAUAGUCAGCGGGGAGUCUGGAGCCGGCAAGACUGUGUCAGCCAAGUACGCCAUGCGCUAUUUUGCCACGGUUGGUGGCUCAGCCAGUGACACCAACAUUGAAGAGAAGGUCCUGGCAUCCAGUCCCAUCAUGGAGGCCAUUGGAAAUGCUAAAACCACUCGCAAUGACAACAGCAGCCGUUUUGGGAAGUACAUUCAGAUUGGCUUUGAUAAAAGGUACCACAUCAUUGGGGCCAACAUGAGGACCUACCUGUUGGAGAAGUCCAGAGUGGUCUUUCAGGCAGAUGACGAGCGGAAUUACCACAUCUUUUACCAGCUCUGUGCUGCCGCCAGUCUCCCGGAAUUUAAGGAGCUUGCACUGACAUGCGCAGAGGACUUCUUCUAUACCUCACAGGGAAGAGACACGUGUAUCGAGGGUGUCGAUGAUGCCGAGGACUUUGAGAAGACGCGGCAAGCCUUCACACUCCUCGGAGUGAGAGAGUCCCAUCAGAUAAGCAUUUUUAAGAUAAUUGCUUCUAUCCUGCACCUUGGAAAUGUGGAGAUUCAGGCUGAGCGUGAUGGUGAUUCCUGUAGUAUAUCACCUCAGGAUGAACACUUGAACAGCUUCUGCCGACUGCUAGGGGUGGAGCACAGUCAGAUGGAGCACUGGCUAUGCCAUCGAAAGCUGGUCACCACCUCAGAGACCUACGUCAAGACUAUGUCCCUGCAGCAGGUGGUCAACGCCCGCAACGCCCUAGCCAAGCACAUCUAUGCCCAGCUGUUCGGCUGGAUUGUGGAGCACAUCAACAAGGCCCUGCACACGCCUCUCAAGCAACACUCCUUCAUUGGUGUCCUGGACAUCUAUGGGUUUGAGACAUUUGAGGUGAACAGCUUUGAGCAGUUCUGUAUCAACUAUGCGAAUGAGAAGCUACAGCAGCAGUUCAACUCGCACGUGUUCAAACUAGAGCAAGAAGAAUAUAUGAAGGAGCAGAUACCUUGGACCUUGAUUGAUUUUUACGAUAACCAACCUUGUAUUGACCUCAUAGAAGCUAAACUGGGCAUCUUGGACCUGUUGGACGAAGAGUGUAAGGUCCCUAAAGGAACUGACCAGAACUGGGCACAGAAGCUCUAUGACCGGCACUCUGGCAGCCAGCACUUCCAGAAACCCCGCAUGUCCAACACAGCCUUCAUUGUGGUCCACUUUGCUGAUAAGGUGGAGUACCUUUCAGAUGGUUUUCUGGAGAAAAACAGAGACACGGUGUAUGAAGAGCAGAUCAACAUCCUGAAGGCCAGCAAGUUCCCACUAGUGGCUGAUCUGUUUCAUGAUGACAAAGACUCUGUUCCUGCCACCACUGCAUCUGGGAAGGGCUCAUCCUCAAAGAUCAACAUUCGCUCUGCCAGACCCCCUCUGAAAGUCUCCAACAAGGAACACAAGAAAACCGUGGGCCACCAGUUCCGUACCUCCCUGCAUCUGCUCAUGGAGACCCUGAAUGCCACGACCCCACACUACGUGCGCUGCAUCAAGCCAAAUGACGAGAAGCUCCCCUUCCACUUUGACCCAAAGAGAGCAGUGCAGCAGCUCAGAGCGUGUGGGGUGUUGGAGACCAUCCGAAUCAGUGCAGCCGGCUACCCAUCCAGGUGGGCCUACCACGACUUCUUCAACCGGUAUCGGGUGCUGGUCAAGAAGAGAGAGCUCGCCAACACAGACAAAAAGGCCAUCUGCAGAUCUGUCCUGGAAAGCCUCAUCAAGGAUCCCGACAAGUUCCAGUUUGGCCGCACCAAGAUCUUUUUCCGGGCAGGCCAGGUGGCUUACCUGGAGAAGCUUCGGGCUGACAAGUUCCGGGCAGCCACGAUCAUGAUCCAGAAAACUGUCCGGGGCUGGCUGCAGAAGGUGAAAUACCGCAGGCUGAAGGCCACUACCUUAACUCUGCAGCGGUAUUGCCGAGGGCUCCUGGCCCGAAGGCUGGCCGAGCAUCUGCGGAGGACGCGAGCAGCCAUCAUGCUCCAGAAGCAGUACCGCAUGCGGAGGGCCCGCCUGGCCUACCAGAGGGUCCACAGGGCCACCGUCACCAUCCAGGCCUUCACUCGGGGCAUGUUCGUGCGGAGAAUCUACCAGCAGGUCCUCAUGGAGCACAAGGCCACCAUCCUCCAGAAGCACGUGCGGGGCUGGGUGGCACGUAGGCGCUUUCAGCGGCUGCGGGGCGCGGCCAUCGUCAUCCAGUGUGCCUUCCGCAUGCUUAAGGCCAAGCAGGAGCUGAAGGCCCUCAAGAUCGAGGCCCGCUCAGCAGAGCACCUGAAACGUCUCAACGUGGGCAUGGAGAACAAGGUGGUCCAGCUGCAGCGGAAGAUUGACGACCAGAACAAAGAGUUCAAGACUCUGUCGGAGCAGUUGUCGGCGGUCACCUCCACACACACCAUGGAGGUAGAGAAGUUGAAGAAGGAGCUGGCCCGCUACCAGCAGAGCCAAGGUGAGGACGGCAGCCUGAGGCUGCAGGAGGAGGUGGAGAGCCUGCGGGCGGAGCUGCAGAGGGCCCACUCGGAGCGCAAGAUCCUGGAGGACGCCCACACCAAGGAGAAGGACGAGCUGAGAAAGCGCGUUGCAGACCUGGAGGAAGAAAAUGCUCUCUUAAAAGAUGAGAAAGAACAGCUUAACAACCAAAUCCUGUGCCAAGCAAAAGACGAAUCUGCCCAAAACUCUGCCAAGGAAAAUCUGAUGAAGAGGGAGCUGGAGGAGGAGCGCUCCCGGUACCAGAACCUCGUGAAGGAAUAUUCACGGUUGGAGCAGAGAUACGACAACCUUCGGGAUGAGAUGACCAUCAUCAAGCAAACCCCAGGGCACAGGCGGAACCCAUCAAACCAGAGCAGUUUAGAAUCUGACUCCAAUUACCCCUCCAUCUCCACAUCUGAGGUCGGAGACACAGAGGAUGCCCUCCAACAGGUGGAGGACAUCGGCCUGGAAAAGGCAGCCAUGGACAUGACCGUCUUCCUGAAACUGCAGAAGAGAGUGCGCGAGCUGGAGCAGGAGAGGAAGAAACUGCAGGUGCAGCUGGAGAAGAGGGAGCAGCAGGACAGCCGGAAGGUCCAGGUGGAACAAGCAAAGAAUGACCUGGAUUUGGACCAGGAUGCAGAUCUAGCCUACAACAGUCUGAAGAGGCAAGAGCUAGAGUCGGAGAACAAGAAGCUGAAGAACGACCUGAACGAGCUGAGGAAAGCCGUGGCUGACCAAGCCACACAGAACAACUCCAGCCACAGCUCCCCCGACAGCUACAGCCUGCUGCUGAACCAGCUCAAGCUGGCCAACGAGGAACUUGAGGUUCGCAAGGAGGAGGUGCUCAUCCUGAGGACGCAGAUCGUCAGCGCCGACCAGCGCCGACUCGCCGGCAAGAGCACGGAGCCGAACAUUAAUGCCAGAACAAGUUGGCCUAACAGUGAGAAGCAUGUAGAUCAGGAAGAUGCCAUCGAGGCCUAUCAUGGGGUCUGCCAGACAAACAGCAAGACUGAGGAUUGGGGAUAUUUGAAUGAAGAUGGAGAGCUCGGCUUGGCCUACCAAGGCCUAAAGCAAGUUGCCAGGUUGCUGGAGGCCCAGCUGCAGGCCCAGAGCCGCGAGCAUGAGGAGGAGGUGGAGGGGCUCCGGGCCCAGGUGGAAGCCCUGAAGGAGGAACUGGACAAGCAGCAGCAGACCUUCUGCCAGACGCUGCUGCUCUCCCCAGAGGCCCAGGUGGAAUUUGGCGUCCAGCAGGAGAUAUCCCGGCUCACCAAUGAGAACCUGGACCUUAAAGAACUGGUAGAAAAGCUGGAAAAGAAUGAGAGGAAGCUCAAGAAGCAGCUGAAGAUUUACAUGAAGAAAGUCCAGGACCUAGAAGCUGCCCAGGCGCUGGCCCAGAGUGAGAGGAGACGCCAUGAACUCAACAGGCAGGUCACUGUGCAGCGGAAGGAGAAGGACUUCCAGGGCAUGCUGGAGUACCACAAGGAAGAUGAGGCCCUUCUCAUUCGGAACCUGGUGACAGACCUGAAGCCGCAGGCGCUGGCGGGCACGGUGCCCUGUCUUCCUGCCUACAUUCUCUACAUGUGCAUCAGGCACGCAGAUUACGUCAACGACGACCUCAAGGUGCACUCCUUGCUGACCUCCACCAUCAACGGCAUUAAGAAAGUCCUGAAGGCCCAAGCCCCAGGUGGCAUUGCUCUCGCUCUCACAGACCAUCCUCCGUUCGCCUACACUCUCCCACUUCAGAUGCAAGCCAUCCUCGAAAGCAUGGAGUCCGGGCCCAUUCUGAGAUCCGCCAAGCUGCUGUCGCCUGCCCCCUUUUCCCUUCUGGGAGCACGCCGACACCAGCCUUUAACUCCUAGCUCCCUGCCCACUUGGUCUCUGUGUCUGCACCACCUGCCCCGCCUUGGGCCCCACAGACCAUCUUAUCCACUCCUGCCUCUAAACAGACACGCUGGGGACUCAAGAUUGGGGUCUCCUGCCUCAGCCUCUAAGAAGCACAAUGAUGACUUCGAGAUGACAUCAUUCUGGUUAUCCAAUACCUGCCGCCUCCUUCAUUGUUUGAAGCAGUAUAGCGGGGAUGAGGGCUUCAUGACUCAGAAUACUGCCAAACAGAAUGAGCACUGUCUUAAGAACUUUGACCUCACUGAAUACCGCCAGGUGCUGAGUGACCUUUCCAUUCAAAUCUACCAGCAACUCAUUAAAAUCGCCGAGGGUGUGUUGCAGCCUAUGAUAGUUUCUGCCAUGUUGGAAAAUGAGAGCAUUCAGGGUCUAUCUGGUGUGAAGCCAACAGGCUACCGCAAGCGCUCCUCCAGCAUGGCGGACGGGGACAACUCCUACUGCCUGGAAGCCGUCAUCCGCCAGAUGAAUUCCUUUCACACAGUCAUGUGUGACCAGGGCCUGGACCCGGAGAUCAUCCUGCAGGUGUUCAAGCAGCUCUUCUACAUGAUCAACGCUGUGACUCUCAACAACCUGCUCCUGCGGAAGGACGUCUGCUCUUGGAGCACAGGCAUGCAGCUCAGGUACAAUAUAAGUCAACUUGAAGAGUGGCUUCGGGGAAGAAACCUUCACCAGAGCGGAGCAGUCCAGACCAUGGAACCUCUGAUCCAAGCAGCCCAGCUCCUACAGUUAAAGAAGAAAACCCCUGAGGACGCAGAGGCCAUCUGCUCGCUGUGCACCUCCCUCAGCACCCAGCAGAUUGUCAAAAUUUUAAACCUUUAUACUCCCCUGAAUGAAUUUGAAGAACGGGUAACCGUGGCCUUUAUACGAACAAUCCAGGCACAACUACAAGAGCGGAAUGACCCUCAGCAACUGCUGUUAGACUUCAAGCACAUGUUUCCAGUGUUGUUUCCAUUUAACCCAUCCUCUCUGACCAUGGACUCCAUCCACAUCCCAGCAUAUCUCAAUCUGGAGUUCCUCAAUGAGGUCUGACAAGGCACCUUCCCACCUUUGGCUCCAUUUCCAAUGAGAGCGAGAAGGAAAUCUAUACUGUAAAGUGAAUUCAAGGAUCUAUUACAUCUUUAAAAGUGGAUCACAUCAGAGACUGAGAACCUGCACAGAGUGCUGAACUAUACGAAAUAAGACACAUCUGUCAUUAUUUUUUGUACCUACUACUCAGAAUAAAACACUUGAAAUAUG